UUUUUUCCUUUCUCUCUCUCUCUUCUCUCUGCACAACCCUGUUUGUUUCCAGGAAAAUUCUUGCCGCCGGAAAAUAACCUUGAAAUUUCCGGCAAAAGAAAAUGGUUUCCCCGGAAAAUACGAAUUGGCUGUACGAUUUUACCAUGAUCGACGACAUGCCUGUUCACGAUGCCAAUUUCUCUGUCUCUGCUUCGGGCUUUACUUGGCCCGUUCAGCCCAUGAAUGGGUCCACUAAUGUCAGUGUGGAUUCUAUCGCUGAUGCCUCAUUUGGGGAUUCAGAUGGCCUAAAGGAAAGUGGCUCAAAAAAGAGGGGUAGAUCUGAACCGUGCACUGCUGCAUCUAGCUCCAAGGCUUGUAGGGAGAAGUUGCGUAGGGAUAGGCUGAAUGACAAGUUUGUGGAGUUAGGCUCUAUCUUGGAGCCUGGGAGGCCUCCCAAAACAGAUAAGGCAGCUAUUUUGAUUGAUGCUGUUCGGUUGGUUACCCAACUACGUGGUGAAGCCCAGAAAUUGAAGGACUCAAAUUCAAGUCUCCAAGAGAAGAUUAAAGAGUUGAAGGCUGAGAAGAAUGAGCUUCGUGAUGAGAAGCAAAGGCUAAAGGCGGAGAAAGAGAAGUUGGAGCAGCAACUCAAGGCUAUGAACACACAACCCAGUUUCUUGCCUCCCCCUGCAAUUCCUGCUGCAUUUGCGGCGCAAGGCCAAGCUCCUGGCAACAAGUUGGUGCCUUUCAUUAGUUACCCUGGAGUUGCAAUGUGGCAAUUCAUGCCACCAGCUGCAGUGGAUACCUCACAGGAUCAUGUGCUCCGCCCUCCAGUUGCUUAAUUCCGCAACGUACACUGUUUUGGAUUGGCAGUUUGCACCUAACACAGAUGUAUCCGUUCUGUCAUUGCUCUCGACUGUAUUAGUUCUGCUGAAGUCUUUUAAUUGGAUUUGGUGGAUGACUGUACUUGAAUUUCUGUACUUUAUGAAUCCUUGCUUGAAUUACAUGUAAAUUUUAAUAAAUUACCUGGCAGCCGAUAUUUUCAAUUUGGAUAAGGGCCUUGACUAU